AUGGAUACUUAUCAAACAGCACAUAAUCCUGAAAGCUCGACUCAGUCUUCAAAUAUAUACCCUCGUACCUACCUCCCCGCGUCUUCCGAACCCCCUUCUCCUUCCAAGCCUUCGGAGCAAGCAGUAUGGCUGAUAUUUGGAGCAACUGGUCACCUGGGUAGAUCCAUUUGCCGUGUAGCCCUAGCGAGGGGUGAUUGUGUCACUGCUGUUGGGAGAAACCUCCCUGGAGAGGAGGCUGUUAUGCAGGGCUGGCAUCAAAUGUGCCAAGGACUGGUCUGUGACGUUAGAGUUCGGGAUACGGUCUCUAAGGUGUUUGCUAGCGCCAUGGAUCGUUGGGGGAAGGUUGAUAUCGUGGUUAACUGCACUGGGUAUGGCAUCAUCGGCGCCUGUGAGGACCAGGACGAACAUGAGAUCCGUGCACAGUUCGAGACGAACUUGAUUGGUGCGGCAAACAUAUUCCAACUAACAUUGCCGUACUUUCGCGGGCGGGGAUCGGGGAUGUAUAUCGUGUUUAGCUGCACCGCGGGCACACUUGGGAUACCGGGCCUAGGGCCAUACUGUGCAACCAAGUGGGCUGUAGAAGGCCUCACCGAAUCGUUGAUGUACGAGGUUGAGCCGUUGGGAAUCAAGGUGACGAUAGUUGUGCCUGGUCUAUCUAGGCGAGACGAGUUAGGGCCCCGCCUGAUCCCCCUUUUGACAAAGCAGGCCGGACGAGAACCUCAAGCCACCAACUCACCGGCGCAACACGCAACACGAAUGAUUGACUGGCUCAAGUACAAAGAACCUACAAGCGCUAUUCGGAUCGCAGAAAUAACUUGGGAGCUCGGCCACUCCGCGCAUCCCCCCCUCCGCCUAUUCCUCGGUGAUCACGCGGUCGAGGCUGUCCGCGAUCGUUUGCGCAGCACAAUUGAAGAGGUGAGAUCCUACCUUUUACUUUACUUGAACGUGUGUCUUGGGGGGUGGGAACUAUUUUUGGUGAGGACAGGAACCCAGGGUAUGCUGACGCGGGUAUGGCAGAUUGAGGAUUGGAAGCACCUGAAUUUUAGAAGUGAGGACGAGGAGGGCAUUGUAGUGGCGCGCGCGGGGAAUGAAUGA